CCGCCCAGGAGAAUGAUGGCGGCACUGGCGUCGUCCAGGUGGGGUCGCGUUCGUGCGCGCCGUCGCUGGUCCGCCUCUUCCCGGAAGAAAGAUGGCCGCGGCCUAGGCGCGUCCCAGGCGCGUCCCGUUGGAGGCGUCACGGGCGCUCGGGCCCCGCUCGGCGGAUCCUGGGCGAGGGGAGGGAGGCCGCUCCUGGCCACACUUGUGGGACAUCCCAAAGUCCGGACCCAGGUGGCCAUGGCGUCCAGGCAGCCUUCCCUCUGCGGCCUGGCUUCUCACUGCCUCUGGGUCUUGGGGGUCAUCCUUCUGAUGGAUGUGUCUGCCCGGCCUGCCAACCACUCAUCUGCUCGGGAGAGAGCAGGCAACAGGGAGGAGCGUGAGAUCCUGCCCCCAGACCACCUGAAUGGGGUGAAGCUGGAGAUGGAUGGGCACCUCAACAAAGACUUCCACCAGGAGGUCUUCCUGGGGAAGGACAUGGAUGGCUUUGAGGAGGAUGCGGAGCCGCGGAGGAGCAGGAGGAAGCUGAUGGUCAUCUUCUCCAAGGUGGAUGUGAACACCGACCGGAGGAUCAGCGCCAAGGAGAUGCAACACUGGAUCAUGGAGAAGACGGCCGAGCACUUCCGGGAGGCCAUCGAGGAGAGCAAGGUGCACUUCCGCACUGUGGACCCUGAUGGCGACGGCCGAGUGUCGUGGGAUGAGUAUAAAGUGAAGUUUCUGGUGAGCAAAGGCCACAACGAGAAGGAGGUUGAGGAGAAGAUAAAGAAUGGCGAGGAGCUGAAGGUCGACGAGGAGACACAGGAAGUCCUGGAGAACCUGAAGGACCGGUGGUACCAGGCGGACAACCCCCCCUCAGACCUGCUGCUGACCGAGGACGAGUUCCUGUCGUUCCUUCACCCCGAGCACAGCCGUGGCAUGCUCAAGUUCAUGGUCAAGGAGAUCGUCCGGGACCUGGACCAGGACGGCGACAAGCAGCUCUCGCUGCCUGAGUUCAUCUCUCUGCCCGCGGGCACGGUGGAGAACCAGCAGGGCCAGGACAUUGACGACAGUUGGGUCAGAGACCGGAAAAAAGAGUUUGAGGAACUGAUCGACGCCAACCAUGACGGUAUUGUGACCAUGGCGGAGCUGGAGGACUACAUGGACCCCAUGAACGAGUACAACGCCCUCAACGAGGCCAAGCAGAUGAUCGCCAUCGCCGACGAGAACCAGAACCACCACCUGGAGCCCGAGGAGGUCCUCAAGUACAGCGAGUUCUUCACGGGCAGCAAGCUCAUGGACUAUGCCCGCAACGUGCACGAGGAGUUCUGAGCCGCCGCCGCGCGGCCCUUCUCCCGGCCUCCCUCCCCCUCGCCGCCUCGCGGGCCGGGCUCCUCGGUGCAAGCGGAGCCCUGGGCCCCGAGCCCCGGUCCGCGGGCCCACGUGCCGCCGCGCCUCACUUCUGAGAAGCGGGUGCUGUUGUGCGAAGGCACCGACCGCAGAGGCGCCCCGUGGGCUGCCCACGCCUGUGGGACGCCACGCGGCUCCUGCCGCUUCCUUGGAAACCGGGUGGCGGGGGUCGUGCCGGAACGUGCUGCCGGUAGCCAGCUGCUGGGGGUGCCCGCCCUUCCUGGGGCGCUGGGGACGGGCUGUCAGAAUGUCCGCGCUCUGCAAAUACAAACACUUGUGACAAGAGUCUUAUGAAUUUACUCUAAAAUAUAGUUGCCUUUUUCUCCCA